AUGUAUUAUAUCAGAGGUUUCAUUAUGGAUUAUAUCAGAGGUUCCAUAUGGAUUAUAUCAGAGGUUCCGUAUGAAUUAUAUCAGAGGUUCCACAUGAAUUAUACCAGAGGUUCCAUAUGGAUUAUAUCACAGGUUCCGUAUGAAUUAUAUCAGAGGUUCCAUAUGUAUUAUAUCAGAGGUUUCAUGUGA